UCUAGAAAAGCAAUCAGCAAAAAAUAUAAAUUUUGUUCCAUCUUUAUAAUUCAUUCUUCAAAAAUUUUCAUUGUCACAAUAGUUAUAUUCUGGAAUAAGAUUUAUAAUGAAGUCGUACAUCCUACAUUUUAUCGCGAUUUUAUAUAUAACAAUAACAAAUGUUGAUGCAACUUUUCUUAUUCCUGUACUAGCAGCAGGGGCCAUUUCUAAGCAUGCUCACGGCAGUCUAGGCGGAGGCUUUGGAGGAGUUGGUGGAGGAGGCUUUGGAGGAAUUAGUGGUGGCGGAGGAGGCUUUGGAGGUGGAGCCUUUGGCUUACGUGGAGGUGGAGGAGGAGGCGCGGGUAUAGGUGGUGAUGUAGGAGGAGGCGCUGGUAUAGGUGGUGGUGCAGGUGGAGGUGCAGGGGUAGGUGGAGGUGGUGGUGCAAGAAGUAGUAUAUCAGGUGGGGGUUCGGCCAGUGGUGGUGCAAAUGGAGGUAUAAGCGGUGGUGGUAUGGCUGAUGGUGGUGUAAAUGGAGGUAUAGGUGGUAGUGGUGGUGCAAAUGGUGGUAUAACUGGUGGUGGUGGUGGCGUAGUAAGUAGUAGUGGUGCAACUAGUGGUCGAGUAAAUGGAAAUUUGUUUGGUAGUGGUGGUGCAAGUAUCGGUGCUAAUGGUGGGGCAUCAGGUGGUGGCGCAGCUAGUGGUGGAGUGAAUGGCAAUUUGUCUGGUGGUGGUGUAGCAAGUGGCGACGCAACUGGGGGUGCAUCAGGUGGUGGCACGACUGGUGGUAGUUUGUCCGGUGGUGGUGCAGUAAGUGGGGGUGCAUCAGGUGGUGGGGAAACUAGUGGUGCUGCAAACAAAGGUAUAAUUGGUAGUGGUGGAGCGAAUGGAGGUGUAAAUGCCAGUGGCGAUGUAUCCACAAGUGGAGGUGUUAAUGGUAGAGGCGGUGUUGGUCAUGGAUGGGGAAGAGCAUCUGGUUCAUUCUCCGGAAAAGCUUCAGGUGAAUUCUCAGGUCAUUUUGGUGGAUCAGGACAUAGCUCAGGGCACGGAGAAGGAUCAAUAGGUUUAACCAGAAAACUAUUAGUCAAAGCUCUUUAAAAAAACUACUUCAUAUUCUAGUCAUACGCUCGAUCAUUAUAAGCAUGUCCUUAGUUAUACAUCAAUCCUUACAUGACUUUGCUAUUUUAUAGUGAACCAACCCUUAUACUCCAAAGUUUUGUAAUGCUUCAACAUCAUGUUGAUUAUGAUCAAUAAAUUUAAGUCAUUUUCCA